AUGGGGGGCGAGCGCGAGCUGGAGCGGCAGCGCUGCUGCUGCCAGCGGCGCUCCGCCUUCGGCAGCCUAUACGGCCGGCCUCGAGCCGCCACGCCGCUGCAGCCCCCGCCGCGGGCGGCACGCCCGUUGGCCAUCCCGUCUGCCAGGGUCUGGAAGGUGACGCCAGUGGAGAAGGUGAUCACCCUCCUCGAGGACCUCGAGGCGGAGGUGAAGGAAGAGGGCACAAAGGAAGCGGGUACCUACGACGAGUACGCCUGCUUCUGUAAGACCACCACGGAGACCAAGUCCGACUCCAUCAUGAACGGUCAAGACACUAUUGACACCCUCUCCGCCGGCAUCGCCGAGGACACGGCCACCGUGGCAGGGAAGAAGACGGAGCUGCAGGCGAAGAAAAAGGAGAUCGAGGAGAGGUUGUCCACCGAGUUCGACAGUAUUGUUGCCUCGUGUCUGAAGGAGGCCGCCGAGUUCGAGGCUGAGAUGGCGGACCUUACCAAGGCCUGCAACUCCCUGGACAAGGCCCUGCAGGCCGUGCGAGCCUCGAAGGGCGGCGGCGCGUCGCUGCUGCAGUCCAACAGCACCCUGCGCGACGAGGUGGGCAGCACGCUGGCCAUUGCCGAGGCCAUGAGCCUCGUCGAGGCUCGGCUGGUGUCCGGCCCCAGCCAGGGGCGCCGCGUCGACCCCGACAGCCCGGAGUACAAGUUCCACUCCGACGGCAUCAUCACGCUGCUCGAGAAGCUCAAGACCGAGUUCGAUGGCAAGAAGUCGGAGACCCAGUCCGAGAUGGAGAAGGCGACGCAGAUUUGCACCGACUCCAAGGCCGAGCUGACCGGCGAGAUCGAUGGGGCGAAGGGGGAGAUCAGCAGCUUGGAGACCGACAUUGACACCCUGAAGAUGAAGAUCGCGGAGGACAGGGGCAGCCUGGUCGAGGCGGAGGACAUGCUCAAGGACGACAAGGUCUACCUGAAGGACCUCACGGCGCAGUGCGAGACCAGCGCGGCGGAGUGGGACCAGAGGUCUCAGGCACGGGGACAGGAGCUGGAGGUGCUCGCUCAGGCCCUGACGAUCAUCCGGGACGGCGGCGAGGACGGCAAGAAGAGCGUGAAGGACCUGGAGACGGACGCCGGCCUCCGCAGCGCUGGCGACGGCGCCACGACGACGGAGACAGAAGACGUAGCUAUGGCAGUCCGAGAAUUUAAGGACAACUACGGCAUGGGCGACCCCACAGGUGUCGACGCGGAGUUCGAGUUUGAGACUGAGAUCCGGUUGCGACUGCUGAGGGCAAUGGGUGGCUCUCCGCUCAAGCCCGCGCCCGUCGCCGACAGGGGGGCCACGCUCGCACUGUACGGGAACCACGACGCCAACAUCGCGGUGAGCGUGAACGGCCGGGCGCUGCGCGCCGCGCGGGACCGCUGCCCGUGCGAGGGCGGAGUUGCCUCCUAUCCCAUGCCGGCGGAGCUGCCAAACAUAGUGGAGGAGGUGUUCGCAGUGGAGCAGUGGCAGUACGUCGACCACGCGGAGGCGCACGCCUUGCUGGCGUUCCAUGCCUCGCCCUUGCGGACGGCCCUUGUCGUCGUCAGCGACGCGGAUUUCCAUAUCUUCUACGCGUCGCUCGGAGGCAUACGGCGCCUUGGGAGGCUGGACUACAGCCUGGGCGUGAUGUACAUGGUCCUGGCUGGGCUGCUGCCAGAGGUUACUGGCAAGAGCAACGAGAAGAUCUGCAAGUGGCCCGGCACUGGCAACCUCUUCGAGGAUAGCUGGAAGACCUCCGAGGGGGACCGGGACCUGUCUUCUCUGGGAUGGGCGGGGAAACUCAUGGGAUACGCCGCCACAGGGUCGCCGGACGAGGCCAUAGGCUCUGUCGUGCGGGAGGCCUAUGAGGCCUCUGGUGCGAUGCCCAAAUACGCCCCUGAGCACAUCUUCAGCUACGGCCAGGGCAAGACGCGCCUGCCACACCGCUUCUCGGAGUGUCUCCAGACGAUCUGCGCCUCCGUGGAGGGCCAGCAGGCGCUGGCGGCGUCCGUGCAGGCCGAGUUCGAGAAGAUCACGCAGCAGACCGUCCUGCAGCUCGUGGAGCACGUGGGCGUCGAGAACCUGGAUGGCGUCGUGCUCACGGGCGGCUGCGCCCUGAACGUGCUCGCCAACCAGAAGAUUCGCGACCAGCCGCUGCAGUACCUGGGCUUCCGCCUCUGGGACGAGGACAUCCUCGGAGGCCCGGAGGUGGGCACCAGCGCCAACAUCUGCGGCACGAUGGCGGAUCUGGCGGAGCUGCUGGCUGGCGGGCCCGCCUGGCAGAGGGAGGCGAACCGGACCUCGGACAAGCCCAUCAUCGCGGUGGUGCGCGGCCGCCAGGAGUUCGGGCCGCGUGCCCUGGGCCACAGGUCGCUGGUGGCCGUGCCCGACUCCCAGUCGAUGAAGGACAGGAUGAACCGCCUGAAGGUCCGGCAGUGGUACCGCCCUGUGGCGCCGAUGAUCGCGGAAGAGGCGCUGGAGGAGGUCUUCGGCGAGAAGGUGGAGUCGCCCUACAUGACCAUGGCCCCGCGCGUGCGGGAGGAGGUCCGCGAGAGGUUCCCUGCGCUCGCGCAUUUCGACGGCACCGCCAGGCAUCAGUCUGUCAGCCGGUCGGACGAGCCCUGGGUGCACGCGCUGCUGCUCGCGGUCGGCAAGCUCACGGGGCUCAUGCUGGACGAGCUCGUGGACCUGGACUUCCUGGUCAUCGAGGAUUGGAUCUUUAGGAAGCGCG